AUGAGACCAAGCCCAGGAACAACCAACCAUGGCGACUUAUCAACCAUCUUGGAAGACGAUAUUGAGGUUGGAGUCAUCGAGUUCCAUCAUUCAGAUCCUUCGAAGCCCUCUCUCACUCUCGUCGGCCAUAGUGGUUACAAGAAGAGUCCUUCACUGAGAGUUGAGACGACAAAAUCCAUCUCGCCGGCCACAGUCAGUCUGCUUUUGCGCAUAGUGAGUCUCGAGAAACGUUCCAGGCGCAACGUUAAACCAGGUAUCUGCCGUUCCACUUGUCUCCUGCAUCGUUCGGUUGGUCCCUCUGGUCUUGUGUAUACCUUAGAGUGCAGCAUUGUGUGGUUCGACGGCGAGUCAGCUUUUGGACCACUGGCAACCAAGAAAGAGGACUGGGCCACUCUUACUCAAUUCUUUCCAGAGCCCACAAAUGCUCAGAGCAAGUCUUGGACGCCACAAGAGUUUUACGCCAGCGUACACUCUCCACCAAACGAUGCGACUGUUCCUGAAUUAGUCGAGCAAAAGGUCCUUGAAACCGAUCUGUACCCCUUCCAGAGACGCGCCGUCGCAUGGAUGCUGCAUCGAGAAACUUCUUCUCGUGACCAAAGCCAAAGCCGGUUAUCCUACACUUCGGUCAAAGACGCAAAUGAACAGGCGUGUUUCGUCAGCCACUUGGAGGGCGUUGUGUGCUCUGCUGCACAGUUUGGUGCCUUCGAAGAACCAAGGGGAGGAAUCCUAGCAGAGGAAAUGGGUCUUGGUAAAACGUGCGAGCUCAUCGCGCUAAUGUGCCUGAAUAAGCGAAAGAUGGAUACCGAGAAUAUAGAAGAUCACACGCUCAUCAAAUCUCGAGCUACACUGAUCGUCACACCUCCGACUAUCUUGCAACAAUGGAAAGACGAAUUGGCUCGGCACGCCCCCGGUCUUUCAGUCCUGCACUACAAGGGUGUCUCUGAUGUUGAAUCGUCCAAGCAAGAAGUGCAGGACAUCACAAAAGACUUGGCAGAGCGGGAUGUAGUCAUCACGACCUACUCUGUCUUAUCGAAGGAGGUGCAUUUUGCCGUUGACCCUCCUGAGCGUUCAAUGCGACAUCGAGACCGCAAGCGCACUCGUCCUCGCAGCCCUCUGGUGCAAAUGCACUGGUGGAGAGUCUGCCUGGAUGAGGCUCAAAUGGUCGAGUCGGGAGUCAGUGCAGCAGCUCGGGUGGUCUCACUUCUACCGCGUAAGCACGCCUGGGCAGUGUCUGGCACGCCUCUAAAGAAGGAUAUCCAAGAUCUGUUUGGACUUCUCGUUUUCCUCAGAUAUCAACCCUUUUGCAACUCUUCAGCAAUCUGGACCCGACUGAUACAUCAAUAUGGCGACUUGUUCAAAACAUUGUUCGGCCGCAUCACUCUGCGUCACACCAAGGAUCAAGUACGACAUGAACUGCGAUUGCCUCCUCAGAGGAGGGUCGUUUUGACAUUACCAUUCACCCAGGUCGAAGAUCAAAACUACAAGACGUUGUUCGAGACGAUGUGUGAUGAGUGCGGGUGUAGAUCGGAUGGAUCUCCUCUGACCGAUAAUUGGGACCCUGAAUCGUCUGCAAUACUGCAAAGGAUGAGAGCCUGGCUUUGUCAAUUACGACAAGCUUGUUUACAUCCACAAGUUGGUGGCAGGAACAGAAGAGCGCUUGGGCGUGGUCAAGGUCCUCUGCGUACUGUGGCCGAGGUCCUCGAAGUCAUGAUAGAUCAGAACGAGACAUCCAUUCGCACGGAGUCUCGUCUUGCCAUCAAUACCGAGCUUCUGCGAGGUCAUAUCAUCGGUAACGCAAAGGAUGACGAACACAGAGCUGAAAAGGCACUAGAGAUUUACAAGUCAGCACUCAAGGGGUCUGAAGCGAUUGUCGUCGAGUGCAGAGCCGAUCUUGCCAGAGCGGCUGCUCAUGCAGUUAGUCUCAAAAAGACACCCGACGACUCAGAGCAUGAGAAGUCAACAGAAGAAAUCGCUGAAGGACGGUGCAAAGUCGCUCUGCAUUCUGCAUUGCAACUGAAGCAUGCAUGUGCCUUCUUCGUCGCAACAGCGUUUUUCCGAAUCAAGUCCAACACCAUCAUCACCGAGCCAGACUCGGAGAGAUUCCAAGAACUCGAGCAACAGGAGUCGACCUACUACGAAUCUGCUAAGCUAACUCGCAAAGAGAUCCUGAAUGAUGAUUCAUCCAAAGCCGAGAGACUCAUGCACACGAUAGAACAGGAGAAGGACCUGAUUCUCAAGGCAUCCAGCCUUGCUACUUUGGAGAGUUUUGGAGGUGUGGAGAACGUCAAGAUAGUCCACAAAGCUCACGACCUUGCCAAAAUCAUGAACGCGCAGGCAAAGCUUAUCGAUGAAUGGAAACAAAAGGUGACUGAGCUAUUGCUCAAACCUUUGGUCGACAAGGACGAGGACAGUGUUCAAACCACCGGUGACGAGUACGAAGAUUCGACCAAAUCACAGGAUGCUCUGAAUGCUUAUCUGGAUGCGCUUCGCGCCAUUGUCGCUGAUCGCUCGACUUGUAUCACAGGACAGAGUGCACCUCUUAUUGAUCAAGAGGUGACGUCUGUGAUCCAGGAGGCCAGAGCGGGCCGAUGGCGUCCCCCAGAACCUCUGCUCGAGCUGCUUGCGAUUCGCAAUCGUCUCAAGCAAAAGCCUGACGGCUUGUUGUCUGUGCGUGGCUUGGUGCACGAGAUACGUGGCAUUGAAACGGCACUCGACUGGCAAGAUGGCACCACACGAGCUGGUGCUGAACUUCAGAUCGUUAGGGGUCAAGCAAAGCAGCUCGCUGCUAUCGCCAAGGAAGAAACCGAAGUCCUGACACGUCUCGAGGAAUUGAUCGAACUCUUCUCCACUACGGUCAAUUUGCGGCUGGACUUCUACAGACAGCUCCAGGUAAUUUCAGACACUGUUGCUCCUUACAAAGAGGACUCUUGGGAUGAUACUUUGGAUGUGGCUGCUCUCGAAACUGCAACCCGUCGACAGGAGGCCCAAAGCAAGGCACUUGCCGCUCUGAAGACAAAGAAUCGAUUCCUGCUCCACCUGCGCGCUGAGAGCACAAACUCGCAAGAAACACAACGAAUCUGUGUCAUUUGUCAAAGCUCGUUUGAACAGGGAGUCCUCACCGUUUGUGGCCAUCAAUACUGCAAGGAGUGUAUAAAUCACUGGUGGAGUGCUCAUCGUACCUGUCCUGUUUGCAAGCGCCAUCUCGUGCUUGCAGAUUUCCAUCAAAUCACGUACAAGCCGCAGGAGCUGCAGGCACAGGAGGAGCAGUCUGAACCUUCCUCGCCAAGCCAAGGCUCCAGCCAGAGUGCGACACCUGGAACUACUCUCUAUGCCGACAUUGGCAACGACACACUUGCCCAGAUCAAAUCCAUUGAUCUGAACGGUUCGUUUGGUACGAAGAUAGAUACCCUCGCACGACACAUCCUCUGGAUACGCCAGCAUGACCCCGGUGCCAAAGCCAUUGUUUUCAGUCAAUUCAGAGAGUUUCUCGACGUCCUCGGCACCGCGUUUAAGCAGUUCGGUAUCGGUUACUCGCGUAUGGGGAAGCCAGGCGCAGUCGACCGAUUCAAGAACGACGCCGGUAUCGAGUGUUUUCUGCUAGACGCAAAGACGGACUCUUCAGGCCUGAAUCUCGUCAAUGCGCAAUACGCGUUCCUCGCAGAGCCGCUCAUCAAUACGGCAAUCGAACUGCAAGCCAUCGCUCGCGUACACAGAAUCGGCCAACAGCGACCAACCACCGUCUUCAUGUAUCUCAUCGGUGAUACGGUGGAAGAAGCCAUCUACGAAAUCUCGGUGGCCCGACGUCUAGCCCACAUGCAGAAAGCCACUAGCACCAAGCAAGAGUCACAGCGAUCGAAGUCAGCAACGCCCGCACUGGGGGAAGCAGCCAUCGAUGCAGCCAACUCGCUCGAAUUGCAACAAGCGCCCGUGUCAAAGCUGCUCGUACAGGGCAAAGGCGAUGGCGAAGUGGUGCCCAACGACGAUCUGUGGAGUUGUUUGUUCAGUCGUUCUGCUAAAAGUCAACGACAACAGCAACAACCGAUUGUCGUCUUGGCAGAGCUCGAAACGGAAGUUGCAAGACACUUGCGUGGGGAAGCGGCUGAGAAUAGACUUUGCUGA